UGUCGCGGUUGAAAGAGUGAAUAUGGGACACAAGUGUAGGAUGAGAGAGAUGGUGUAAGUUGAGUUGACGAGUGUCAGUUAUAUUUCACAGCGCGGCGAACGUGAGUUUCGACAAAUCUUUGAAGAAUGUGAUUUUUGCCAACAUCCGAUCAACACGGAACUUGUGUAUCUUGGCUAGCAGCAUGAAAAAUUUAAUGGUAGGUUUUCUCUCGUCAAAAUCGAAUUAUCAUAAUAUCAAAAUCGUAAUAUCAUAUCACGAGAAUAAUCUUACAUAUUGAAGAAUUGCUCAACGGUAAAACCGACAUGAAAAUUUUCUUGCGUCAAACAAAAUAGACUGUAGAGUGACAUAACUGAAUUAUUAAUCCUGAUAUGCUGGAUUUCAAUAAUUAAUCCUGACCUUUUGUAUUUCAUUCAAAUAGUAAGACGUGCGGCAUUCUAUUAGAAUAAAUUAAGUAUCAUUAUACGCCCGGGAAACAUUUCCAUCGACACUGACUACAAACUUUAUUAUCGAUUAUUACUUUAUUCGAUAUUAAAAUAUAGAAGAAGAAAACAAAAAAAAGAGAGAUAAAGAGAGAACGUCUGUGUAAGAGAUAUGGAAAUGAAAUGCAUCAAUAUGCAAAAGUUUGUCCUUUGAACAAUAUUUAUACUUAAUAAAUCAUUUUCAUCGAGUGAGACCUUGUGUUUAACGUUUAAAUUCGAUCAGACAUUUAUUCGUCGUUAGGAAAGAAGCAUCGUAAUUUUCUCGCCGCUUCGACUGUCGUGUUAUUUAUAUGAAAGUCAUAUUAUUCGUGCUUUAAUCACAAACUGGUCGUUCUUAACAAUUAAAAUCCUUUUGAGAAAAACAUUACGACGUUCUCUUCUGUCCUACGUUUUUCUCCGAAAGGGAUUACUUCUUCUUGUACUUAUUUAUCAUCGCUGUUUGCUCAAAUAUAAAGAUGGAUACGGCGCAAUCGUCUAUACAGGGCUUCUUCGCCGGUCGAAGCAUUUUCAUAACAGGUGCAACAGGCUAUAUGGGUAAGGUGUUAGUCGAAAAACUACUAAGAUCCUGCCCCGAUGUCAAGGAGAUAUUUCUGCUAAUGCGACCUAAAAGAGGAAUGGGAAUCGAUGAUAGAUUGAAAAAUUUAUUAACUAAUAAGCUGUUCGAUAAACUACGGAAUGAGCGACCAUCCAGUUUUGAAAAACUUGUUCCUGUAGCAGGAGAUAUAUCUGUUGAAGGCUUAGCAUUGAUGCCGGCAGAUAGACAAAUGCUAAUUGACAGAGUGUCAGUUAUAUUCCACAGUGGGGCGAACGUGAGAUUCGACGAAUCUUUGAAGAAUAUGAUUUUUGCCAACAUCCGAUCAACACGGGAUAUGUGUGUCUUGGCUAGCAGCAUGAAAAAUUUAACGGUCUUUGUGCACGUUAGCACGGCAUAUUGUCAAAUCGACAAACACGUUGUCGACGAGAUUCUAUAUCCCACGGAUAUCGAUUGGAGGCGAGUGAUCGAGGUUGCCGAGUCCGUCGACGAGUACAUCCUGAAAAUACUGACAAUGAAAUACAUACGAGCGAUGCCAAACACCUACGUCUUCUCGAAAAUGUUGGCGGAGCAAGUAAUAAGCGAUUAUUCCGAGUUGUUGCCCUGCGUCAUCGUGCGACCAACGGUGAUUAUAUCGAUGAUGGAUGAGGAUCCCAUAAAAGGUUGGAUAGACAACUUCAAUGGACCAAUAGGUUCGUGGUUGGGAGGUGCCAUGGGUAUCUUGCAUGUAUUUUACUGUAAUCCCAAUACAAGAGGUGACUACAUACCAGUAGAUUGGGCUAUCAAAUCAUUGAUAAUAACAGCCUGGAAACGUGGAAUUAAAACCAUCUCCGAGGAUAAAACGGUUCAUGUUUACAACUGCUCGGCGAAUAACAUUAAACAAAUGACUAUAGAAGAAAUUCAGAAGCUAGGGUUCGAGAUUUUCCAAGAAUUUCCUCCUGAUAGAAUGAUUUGGUCACCAACUGUUACGUUCACAAAUCGUCGUUGGUUAUAUUACAUUUUGAUGAUGCUGCUGCAUUUCCUCCCGUCGAUAUUCGUAGACGGUGUCCUGAAAUUGUCCAGAGCAAAACCAAUGUUAUUGAAGUUACAAAGGAGAGUGUAUGUUACGAAUAGUGCAUUAUCGCACUUUUUACUUAACGAAUGGGUUUUUAAAAACUCGAAAUUCUUAGAUCUAUUUGAAAUGCUUAGUGCUGAAAAUAAAAAUUUCAGAAUAAACUACAACCUAUAUGACAACGACAUACGGGAAUAUUGCAAGAACGCAGUUAUCGGUGUAAAAGUUUACUUACUAAAUGAUGACAUGAAUAACCUGGCAGCAGCCAAAAGAAAACGCAAUAGGUUGGAUUUUCUCCACAAUAUAAUCAAGACUAUAUUAAUAACAUUCAUCUUAUGGAUACUUUAUAGAAAAAAUAUCCUAUCUAAUAUCGUAAACGCAAUCGCUUAUAUAUUCUAUAUAAAUGUCUGAGGAUUACUCCAGAAUUAUUCACACCUGCUAAUAGGCUGCAGCAUUUUUUUUAAUUAAUAAUUGAGAUAUCAGAAUCAUAAAUAUUUAAUUAUUCAAGCGUGAUUGAUUUUUCGACAUCAUCACUUAUUGGCUAUGGUUAUAGGUAAAAAGUUAGGAAGAAAAUUUUUGCAUCACUUACGUUCGAUAUAUCCAAUAUUUUGCUCAUGGUGACUUGGCAAGUAAGAAUACAUAAGUACUGUAAACUGCAACAUGUGAAAUAAAACAUAUCGUAUUACAGUAA